UGCCAUCUUGACGAUUUAUUGUCAUAAUAAACAAAUGCAGUACUUAUAUACUGUAUAUUGAAUGUAUAUAUUUGUCCGAGUUGUAUUCAUUUUUUUCUUAAUGCAUUGCCAAAAUGUAUAUGAUCGGGAAAAAUGAUUGGGAAUGAUUGGAAUUGAAUCGGGAGCAAAAAAAAAGCAAUCGGAUUGGGAAAUAUCGGGAUCGGCAGAUACUCAAACUAAAACGAUCGGGAUCAGAUCGGGAGCAAAAAAACAUGAUUGGAACAACCCUAGUAUGGUCAAUUCUAUCCUUAAAACAUGACAAAAGACAAUCUGAAUUACUUACAUAUCUGAACUCAUUAUACAAUGCAAAUAAGGUUGCCUGAAAGUUUGUGGGGACAAUUUGAGGAUCCUGAAAAGUUGGUAGUUUUAUGUCCCUACCGUCCCUAUGCAAACCUACGCCCUUAGUCACCCCUAAGUGCCAUUAACGAUGAUAGUCUUCCCCAAUGAACUGGAAUGAGAAGACCCCCUCGAACUAAUUCAAACGUCUAUCCCCGUCAUUGGUAGCCAACGAGGAAAUGCAGCUCUGAAGUUCUUAUGCAAUAGUGAAGAUAACAGGAACCGCCUCCUGCCAUUUGCCAGAAAUCAUUUGCUGCCGUUUUCCAAAGCGCGUCCUCGCCAUUUCUGAGGUGAACGUGAACGCGCGGCAGCUCAGCCACUGUACGACUGCUUUUCUGCCAGACAUGGCGGCGGAUCAUAAACCGGACUGGCUCUCCUGUCUUCCCACUUCUUGGAGUUACGGUGUCACCCGGGAUGGACGCAUAUUCUUCAUCAACGAAGAAGCCAAGAGUACAACCUGGUUGCAGCCUGUUGUCGGAGAGGCUGUCAUAACAGGGCACAGAAAAACUCCAGAUUUACCAAGAGGAUGGGAGGAAGGAUUCACAUUCGAGGGGGCUCGCUGCUUCAUCAAUCACAAUGAGCGAAAAGUGACGUGUAAGCACCCUGUUUCAGGAGCGCCCUCCCAGGAUAACUGCAUCUUCGUUGUGAAUGAACCCGCGAAAUAUGGAACGCUUGUCCAUCCCGACAAGCCCGUAGAGACUGACGCCAGGACAGCUCCAAAAAGCGAGCAGGAAAACAGCACGGAUAAGAAGGAACGUCCCUUGAGCACCAUGAGCGAAGCGUCCAACUAUACAGGCGGCUCAGACAACAGCAAUUUUACCGGAAGCCCUGCUACUACUGUGACGCUCUCCUCAUCAUUCACGCGGCCGUCAAGGUCUUCCAAAAAAGUGCAUAAUUUUGGCAAACGGUCCAACUCCAUAAAGCGGAACAUCAACGCGCCAGUGGUCAAAAGCAACUGGCUUUACAAACAAGACAGUACCGGCAUGAAGCUAUGGAAGAAGAGGUGGUUUGUUCUGUCGGACAUGUGCCUUUUCUACUACCGAGAUGAAAAAGAAGACAGCAUUCUGGGUAGUAUCCUGCUCCCAAGCUUUCAUAUCUCCAUGUUGUCAGUGGAUGACCAUAUUAGCAGAAAAUAUGCGUUCAAGGCCACUCACCCCAAUAUGAGGACGUACUAUUUCUGCACAGAUACAGCCAAAGAGAUGGAGUCCUGGAUGAAAGUGAUGACGGAUGCCGCUCUCGUCCACGUCAAAAACUCCACGUUAACGACGGGGAAAUGCCCACAUAUUGACACGUUAGACAACGUGAAAGUAGAUCAGCCAUCAACUCAGGAGCUGAACAACAUAUUGAACAACCGCGUCUCAAGCCGCCCCGAGAUCCAAAACAACGAACGGAAUCGUGUUGCCCCCGUGCGACACCAUUCUUUAUCCCGGACCGAUGACAAACGAGAGUACUCGACUUUCCAAAAAGACGGAGGAAAAUACUGUGUGAAGCAGGACCAUGUGAGCUACGUGGCCCAAAAAGACGGCGAGAAGUACGUACUCCGUAAGGGAGGCGACAAGUACCCGUUGCGAAAGAACGGCGAAAAAUACAUUUUUUCCGAAGCUCUGCCGAAAGAUACUUGGAACUACGCGCCUCAAAAGGAAGUCAAGAGGCAGCUUUCUUUAAGAGAGACACAGAGUAAAUACGGCACGUUACAAAUUGUUGAUAAAUAUAAUACUUUAAAGGACGUUAAGAAGUACAGUACCCUCAGAGAAGGUGAUAAAUACGCUACUUUAAGAGACUUGGAAAAGUACGCCACUCUUCGUCACGGGGAGAAACGGCACUUCCGGACUUCGCAGGUCAACGGGUCAGGAGAGCGUACGAGCGAGAGCAACUUAGCAGCAGAAAAUGAAAACCAAGCAAGGGUUCCAGUUACUCCAGUUCAGGAAGUAGACAGAUUGUCCAGGAGUAAUUCCUUUCAGCAGUCAGAAAGAGUCAGAGGGACAGAAGAAGACAGAAGUGUUCCAGCCUACCAAACCCUACCUAGAAACAUGCCCAGCCACCAUCCCCAGCUUGUACCCAGAUACCCAGAAGGCUACCGCACGUUACCCCGUAACAGCAUGAUGAGGCCUGACAGCAUCUGCAGCGUGGCGGGUUCGGCGUACGAUCGAGCUCUUCGACCCGCCUCGACCAGCACCGUCGCCACAGCGGAGAAGAGAAGGUCCAUGAGGGACGACACUAUGUGGCAGCUUUAUGAAUGGCAGCAGAGGCAGGCCUUCUCCAGGCAAAGUCUGGCUCAACCAACAGGCCAUUACGGUACCCUUCCAAGCACAAAAACGAUGAGCAACAUAUCGGAACACGCCGCCAUUCACUCCAUUCCCACCUCGCCAUCGCACGGCACGUUAGCAGUCUACAACGCUCUACCUGCUCCUGACGCAAGCGUCUCCCACUCCGAGGUACCGUCAUCAAACUUUCGAGAAGAUGGAACGCUCGAACGUCAGCACAGGACGCACCCUGCCAAGUUUGGAAGUACGCUUGAGCGCCGUCCUGUGGUAGCUGGUGUUUCGCCUCAAACCAUUACUGCUCAGUCACUGCAAGGCAAAACGCCCGAGGAACUGACACUGAUGCUCAUCAAGCUCCGCCGACAGCAGGCAGAGCUCAACAGCUUGCGGGAGCACACGGUAUCCCAGCUAAUGGCCCUGGGAAUCGAGGGGCCCAACCCCAAGACCGACGUUCUUUCCCAUCAUCUUCAGAGGAACCUUGUUUACCUGGAUAACCAGAAAAAGGAGAACGAACCGCUUAUCUUCACCAUUCACGCUAUGAUCGAGAAGUCGGCGCCACGGCCGCAACUCUACCAGCAAAUCCCUUCGGACGACUACAAAAACCAACCUCCGGAGGACACUGAUACCAAACUUAGCAGGUUUUGCGAGCAGGAUAAACUGGUGAGGAUGCAAGAGGAGAAAUUACAACAACUACACAGAGAGAAGCACACACUAGAGACGGCGCUGCUUUCAGCUAGUCAAGAGUUAAACGAUCAGAGUAAUCCAAGUACUACGGGUACUCAAAGCCUCAUCCAGCAGAGGGAUGUACUCCAAAAUGGCCUCCUUAGCACGUGCAGAGAGGUUUCUAGAGUUAAUACGGAACUGGAGCGCGCAUGGAGAGAAUAUGAUAGAUUGGAGGGGGAUGUCACUAUGGCAAAAUCUAACCUACUGGAGCAGUUGGAAGCCCUGGGAAGCCCACAGACAGAGCCUCCAAGCCAGCGUCACAUUCAGAUCCAAAAGGAGCUGUGGAGGAUUCAGGAUGUGAUGGAGGCAUUGAGUAAAAACAAACCGCAGCGCAGUAUAGACUAUUCUGAUUCCAAGCCACUUUCCAGCCAACAAAAGAAUGAGGCAGUGACAUUGCUGCCCCUCAGUCCUCUCAAGACUGGAAACGACGUCCCCCCUCGCCCACCUCUUCCGCAGUACUACUAUUCAUCUGAGCCCCCCCCUCACAUGCCCUCCCACCCUCCGAACUCCAGCGGCCGCCCGCCUCCUUACACGCAACGUGAGGACCGCAAAGCUAGGAACGGGGCGCACAGCCAAGGUCCAGACUAUCGGUUGUAUAAAAGCGAACCUGAGCUGACGACAGUUAAGGAGGAAGUGGAUGAAGUCAAUGGCGAGGACAAGGACAAAAAUGAAAUUCCUGCUGAGAAAAAUGAAAUUGCAGCUUCUUCAAAAGUAGCACUCUACCCAGUGGGCGUUGUUCCUCCCAGAAGCAAAUCUCCCAUGAGCCCUCCCGAGUCCACAACGAUCGCAUCUUACGUCACCCUGAGAAAGACGAAAAAGCCCGAACCCAAAUCGGAUCGGCCCAGAAGUGCACUAGUAGACCAAAUUGGCUAUGUUGAAAGGGAGGUAGGUCGGCCCAGGAUGAGUCUAGAGGAGCAGUUAGAGAGGAUGAGGAGACACCAAGAGGCCUCAUCUCAGCGAGAAAAGAGAAGAGAAGCUCUAUCCCGCUCGCAUUCCUUCAGCAAAGAGGAGCCACAGGUGCGGGAGCUAGAAGCUAUGGAGCUAGAAGUGGCCUUGAAGCAAGUGAAGAUGCUUCAAAAUGAGCAGACUAGGAUAGAAGAUGAAGAAGGAACAUAUACAGGGAGAGUUCCUUCGACAUCACAGCUACAGACGGCAGUCAUUUUGGAGCAGCACGCCGAGACCCAGCGCGUGGAGAUUGUAAAUCUUCACUCAUUUGAAGAGGACAAAAGCAGAGAAGAUAUGACAAGCUCGCCAACAAAUAUCACCACUGAAAGCAGCUUCCAGAGCUCCUUCCCUGAGACACCAAGCCCUGAGCUAAAAGAAGAAGAGGAGGACGUAGACGUGUUACAACAAAAUGCCACGGAGGAGGACCACAGAGAAUCCUAUAAGCAGUUACCAGAAAACGACAAGAAAAUCAACAACAACAAUUUAUUGGCUUCACAAAUGUUCACUAUGGUGAGCAACGACACGUGAGCAACAACCUUGGCUUUCACGAUGGCGGCGUCCCGUAAAGCCCGAAUGUAGCGAGUUGCAAAGUCCCCGGCUUCCGACACCGUGAUAACAGCAAGAAGACUGAAAAGCAGAGCCUGCAGAGAGCCAUUAGGUGUACUGUCUCUUUAAAACUCAUAUUUUCCAAAGUUUUCUACUUAUACUGCGUGUUUAUAUGUAUACUAUACAUCUCAAUAUUUUUAAAUUUAGUUGAAUUCAAAAAGUCAACCUACGUAGAGUAAAAGUAUUUAUUUUGUUGAUUAUAACUGUAACAAAACCCCCAAAAUGGCCGUUGUCUUGCGAUCACCUGAUUGGUUUCAACUGCGUGGAGCUUUAGAGACAUGCAGUUGAAACCAGUCAGUUAAUUGCAAUAAAAAUAGAGAACCAAACUCAACAAAAAAAUAUUAUGGAUAAUACAGUAGUUUCACUUUUUGAGCUAAACUACUAACAAGUUUGAGAAGCACCAGUAUAUAUUGAAGAAUAAUUAAAUGAGUCCAUGGCUAAAUGACUUUAUUGUGAAAGUUUCGGAACAAUUUUCUUGCCUAUUCUCUGCUGAGCAGUUGUACAAGAACUGCAUUUUCUUGACGGAUCCAUUCAUAAUUAUGAUUUUUUUAUUUCAGAACUGGGAACUAGUUCUUGCUUGUUUUGCCAUCAAUACGCAAAUGCCGUGUUUUACGGACUAUGCUUUGCACUGCAUUAACAUUAGCGACAUAUACAAGGUCAUUAGUAUUACUUAUAAAUAACAAAAAUUCUGUUAUGUUAGCAGGCUACAACAUUACAGCGUUUACUUUGUGCCACAUUAGCCUCAUAUACAAGGUCACUCGGAUCACUUUGAAUUAGCGUUUAAACCACCUUCACAUCUAGCAUCAUUGCUCAUACCUGCAUUGCUAAUGAUACCGUAAAAUUCCGUUAUGUUAGCAGGCUAUGAUGUUGUAACACUUUCCUAUAAUGUAUGUAGCCUUUUUACUAACAGUUUUGCUGCAUAUUAGCUUUCAGCUUCAUUUGCUAGUUUCCAGCGACCAAGUUAGCAUCCAUCUUGCCUUGUGUAGCUUAAAAACUGAAUGGUUGAAAAAUACAAGCCGAGGCCCUCAAAAACAAGAAAUGGAGAUGAAAAUGCAGAUAGAAUUUUAAAAAUAACUAAAUUGAGCAACGUUACGUUACUUGUGUUGGCAGUUACAGGUCAUAUCCUGUUCAUUUUAGGGCAUUUACAGGUUACUUCCUAUUGGUUUUGUGUCACUUCCUAUUCAUUUGGGGAACAUUCUAUAGUCAUUUCCUCUUCAGUGACCCAAAAUCAACAGGAAAUGACCCGAAGUCCAUCGGAAGUGAUGCGGAAUUUCCCCAAAAUCAACAGCAUGUGACCCAAAAUCGAUGGGAAGUUAGUUACCCGGUAAUGCCCCAAAAUCUACAGGAAGGGAGCCAAAUCAAUAGGAAGUGACUCUUAGAUACCCCGAAAUCCACAGGAAGUGGCGCGAAAAUGACCCAGAAUCAACAGAAAAUGACCUAAACCAAUUGGAAUUUACCUGGAAAUGCUCCAAAAUCAACACGAAAUGACCGAGGAAUGGGAAGUGACCCGGGAAUACCCCAGAAUCAACAGGAAAUGGGCCAACAUGGCCGAUAAUUUCGGUUUAAAUAAAUAUAUCACAAUACGAGUGCCUUAUAGCGGCUAGUAAUGUUUACUUGGUUGGCCAUUGUUAAAAAAACAUGUCUAACUUUGUAAAAUUCUAUGUUUUAACUUUAUAUACCGUAAUUUUCGCACUAUAAGGCGCACCUGACGAUAAGCCGCCAGCCACCAAAUUUGGCACGGAAACGGCAUUUGUUCAUAAAUAAGCCGCACUGGACUAUAAGCCGCAGCUGUCCUCACUAUAUUAUGGGAUAUUUACACUAAAAGAUAUUAACCACAAACACUUUAUUUGACAGUGGCAUCAUACGACUGUCAUAAGACCAAAUGAACCACCACGAAGUUUUUAACCAAUGAGGUGCAAAGCUUCAUUGCUUCAAGAAUUGUCAUUUGGCCAUCACUGCUCCCUUGGGGGAGACGGUCAACCUCUGCUGUCAACACUGUUGUCAUCCAACAUGCCUCCUAGCAUGCAUUGCAGUGCUAGAGAUGUAAAUAACAAUCAAAAUUCAUGUUCUGUGCUAAUUAUUUCUUCAGUUACUGUUCCAGUUGUUUUAUUAAUCGCAAGUUAUGGUAUUUGGUAACAUUUUACAUGACAGUGGCGCGAUGAGACUGUCAUUAGACAAUCAUAAUUAUGACAUGACACUGUCAUGCGCAUUAAUAAAUGCUUAUAACAGAUGUCAUUUAGUGUUAUCUGGCACAUUAUCUCACUUUUGAAUGGAUGGAGAAGAGUUAGUGACAUAAUUUGCCAGAUGACACUUAAUGAAGAUUCAAGCUGGACAUAAAUGGAGUUAGUGACAUAAUUUGCCGGCUGACACUGAAUUACAUCUGUCAUAAGCAUUCAGUAAUGCUGAUGAUAGUGUCAUCUCAUAUUCAUGAUUGUCUUUUGACAGUCUUAUGACGGUGCUGUCAAAUAAAGUGUUACUUAUUAACCCAAAUAAAUAAAAAAAAAAAAGCCGCACUGUACUAUAAACUGCAGGAUUAAUAAAUGAAGGGAAAAAGUAGCAGUUUAUAGUCCAAAAAUUACAGUAAAUUGUAGGCCCAGCCAAACAAUUUAAAAAGUGCAACUCAUAGUCCGUAAAAUAAGGUAAUCAUAGAAUUCGGAUGAAAUUACUUGUUUAUCUUUGCAACUGCUCAGCAGUACUUCGUUGUGGGACUGUCAACAUGUUGUUUUUUUAUUUGUACAAGAAUGGCGGCGACAUAGUGGAUAUAAUAAUGCAACAGAAACAUCUGCUAAAGUACUUUAGUAUUGUAGAAGGAUGUAUUAGGUCCACUAAGAAAAUGGAGGAUAGGCACAGUUACGACAAUAAUGCUUUAGCAAUGCAUGAAUUACAGUACAUUUUUGUAAAUUGUCAAAAUCAGUAGAAGUUAAAGGCUAAAGUGGAAAAGCUGUUGUGGAAUCGAACCCGAGCACACGUACGAAGCAAUAAGUGAGACUUGAGAAGAAAUGAAAAGAUGUAAAAACAUGUAUAAAAAGAAUUAAUUUAUGUACACAUGAAAAAGAAAGCAAAUAUAGAGAUUACUAUUAUUAAUGUUAUUAGUCAAUAUGCAAAAAGUUCAUACCCCAUGUGUUUUAUAUUGUGUAAUAAAUGUCGAUGUUCAUAAAUAAACGUAUGUAUUAUUUUGUUA